AGAUUUACAUUGCCGUAUCUAAUAUCACAAUUUUGUGCGUAGCCGAUUUUUAGAGUGAAUGACUGAAUAAAUAUCAUAUAUUAAGUGCAUUAUUGUAUGUCUGCAUUCUUUAUUAAUUGACAAUUUUGCCAUAAGCAUAAUUAUUGUAUAAAGUACGUAGUGUAUUUUAUUCAACGAUGUCAUAUGUAAAAACAUUACCUUUGCUAGAUGGAACAAAAGUAAUUGUUGUAGAUGAAGAUAUAGAAACAGAAUAUGCACAAGCAUUGAUAGCUGGAUGGAUACCCGCAUGGAAGGAAAAGAGUCCUGAUUAUAGUAUUGAUUUGUUGUCAUUUGUGCAUCCAACAAUUUUUUAUAACUUUGAACCACUUACACCCGCAAAAGUAACCAUAUAUGAUUAUUUUAGUGUUAAGCCGACUGAAAGCGUCGAGAAAAAAGACUCUGAAAAUCUUCGUCAUAUACUAAAAAAUUUCAAGAUAAAACCUCAGAAUACAGUUAUUGUCAACUCUCUGGGUUCCUUGGUUGCGUAUAAAGGUUUAAAAAAGGCUAUUAGAUUUAUAGAGAAAUUAAGUAAACAGGUGUCACAAUUGAUAUGCAUUUAUCAGAGGGAUUUUAUGAAAGUACCUGCAAUACAGACUUUUGGCACAACCUAUGUCAAGCUAGAAAAGUUUAAAGGAAAAAACAGCUCUACAGACCAUAUAAUGUAUAUUGCACAGCUCACUCAUAGAAAGUCUGGUGGUUCUGUAAUAUGUCAAACAGAAAUAAUAAAGCAAGAUAUUGAAUCUUAUCAAAUCACUGUUGAAAAGGUUACAGUACCAAGCGUUUGCAAAACAGAAACAGAACCUGUAAAGGUUGAAACGUCAUUUAAAAUAGAAAUGAGUGCUCAGGAAAUGGAACAAAGAGACAAGACACCUUUACCUUAUACUUUGAAUGCACCGAAUACAUCAAAGAUAUUUUAUCAACCUGAAAAUGAAGACGAUAUAGAUGAAGAAGAUCCUGAUGAUGAUUUGUGUAUAUAAGUUUAUAAAGAUCAAAAAGAAUUUGUAU